GAGCCCGACUAAAUUAAAAGACAACAAUGAAAAACAACAUAAAAUCCAAACAAAAAACUUAAUCUUGCGCCGCUUCUUUCUUCUUACUCUCGUCUCCUCUCUCUCGCAUUCUUGGCAGCGCCGCUUUCCGGCCUCUCCGUGCCGCCGCCCUCGCCGGCUUGCUCAACCCUCUCGUCUCCCAGUUUCUCUAAUAUCCUCUUUCGAUGCGCCGCCGCCCUCCCAGACUCGCCCAGCCUUCCCCGUCGCCCCGCCUCCUCCGUCCUUGACGCCUGCGUUCAGGUAAAGCCAAAAACAAAGGACGCCGCUUCUUCUUCACAAUAGCCUUUUAUUUUUCAAAGUUUAUUUCUCUUCAAUCCGCUGCCGUGAGAAAAGGUCAUUUAUGUAAUGAGAUUUGCAAGUUUGUCUAUUUUUGUGAAGGUAGAUUAAUGGAUCUGAAAAACUGCUUUGAUGAAAAUUUUGAGCUGGACAUGUAUUUAUAGCAUUGGUUUAUUGGAGCCCAAAUCUUCAUCUAGAAAAGAGUGAUUAACUUAUGUGUAUUAACUGCAAGGUUUAGCAAUACCCAAUAGUUAUUUAUGCAUUAUAGAUUUCCAACAGAUAUACUGCUGCACUCUAUUGGCGGGAAAAUGGCUAAGUAUGGAUGCGUUUGGCUUUAUAUAUAUAGAGAUAGAUUACUUGGCGAAGAUGCAGCUAACUAAAUUUAUGGCUGAAUUUAAACCCACUCCUUCUAAAUUCCAAAACCCCACGCGAAGCGAUUCUCAAAAUUAAUUACCAAAUAUGUCGUCUUGGAUUGAAAGCUUCUUCAGCUCCUUAGAAUCACUGCUUAAUCAGGCGUCAUCCAUGGCGGUCGAGGCGCUGCUUAGAGCAGCCUGGAUUGCAUGCACGCUGCCACUUCUGGCGGCGUUGAUUACCUUCCCUAAAAUCAACGCAUUUCGCCACUUCGUGCUUCAGCUCGCCGUCCGCGGCAAGAUUAUGGACUCUUCCUCCAGAAAAUUCACUAUUCCUCAGAAAUAUUUUUGUCAUUUUUACAUUGUUGGUGUUAUAUGGACUACUUUUCUACUUGUGACUACUUGGAUCUAUGCAUACAAAACGACUGCAAUAGUUUCCGAGUCAUCCCUGUAUUCGAGUAUUGCUAGCCAGUUGACUGGAGUUUCGCACGAGUUGUCCUUGCACAAGUCCCAUUCAUCGGUGGUUGAUUACAAAUAUGGGAUAUGGAAGUCUGUGUUUUUGCUUCUGUUGAUGGAAGCUCAAAUCUUGCGGCGCCUUAUAGAGAGUAUAUACGUGUUCAAGUAUAGUCCCUCUGCUCGGAUGCAUAUUGCUGGUUACCUCACCGGCCUUUUUUUCUAUACUGCAGCUCCACUAUCCCUCUGCUGCACAUACUCUAUGGAGGUGUUCAAACUUGUGGCAAAUUUGCUUGUAGAAUUUAUUGUUAAAGGGAAAGAUAGAAUGCAAGUCACGGAACUUAGUUUUUGGGGGCAUGUGUAUCCUCUUUUGCAACUCAAAUGGUAUGAAUGGAUUGGUGCUGCUUUUUUCUUAUGGGGUUGGAUUCAUCAACUCCGUUGCCAUGCCAUUCUUGGCUCUAUAAGGGAAAAUGGUCAUAAGGUCGAUGAGUAUGCAAUUCCUGAGGGUGAUUGGUUUGAAUAUGUUUCGUCUCCGCAUUAUCUUGCUGAAUUUGUUAUAUAUGGCGGGCUGGUGAUUGCAAGCGGCUUUUAUGAUAUUACAAUCUGGUUGGUCUUUGUUUUCGUGGUAAGUCUUAAUUUUCUUGACAUUGCUAAGAAUGUGGUACCCAUUCAUCUACGCAUACAUAAAAAUGGCCGAUGUUUAACUUUGGUGAUAAUUGUACCGUUGUUAGGUGGCCAAUCUCUCCCUUGCUGCUGGCGAAACUCAUAAAUGGUACAUUCAUAAAUUUGACAACUAUCCUAGAAACCGUUACGCUAUCAUCCCUUUCAUUUACUAAUGUUGAUUAUCUAUAUAGCCUCCUUGUAUUAUAUACAUGAUACUCUCGAAUCUGUUGUUCUUCGUAAUAUAUGAAUUGUAGUGGCUGAACUACUUACUGUA